GCCGCCAGCUGGCAGACGAACAUUUGCUCCCGACGACUUUCCUCCGCGCCGUAAAUAGUACCCCAAUGUAACGGCCCUUAAAGUCGCCCUAGAGUAGGUUUUUUCGAAAUUAGUGAGACGUUUCGCGUGUGUUGUGCCCUUUAGUGGCGUGUUGUGCCGCAAACGCGGGCCUUUUGCCUCAAGUGGCGUAAUCAAGCGUGCGUAUGAAUAUUACAUUGGCGUCAACCAGGCCUCAGCUGUUUCCCGCCAAACGCCGCUACCAGAAAACCGCUGUGAGGCGUAGCGUAUGUUUGUCAUCCCGCGCUCCAGCGUACUAUUAGUGAAAAAGUGAGUAAAUUUUUUGCUUGAAAGCGGGCGAAUUGUCGGCGGCUGGGGUUGCGAAGAUUAUGUCUGUUUAUGUCGACGAGGAGCAGCUAGUGUUCGACUGUGAGAAAAAGGAGCUUUUGGGCAACAGCGCGCCGAGUCGAAUAAACAAAGGCGGUGAACCACCCACGGCGACGAUGGAGGCCGAAAAGAGAAUCAGGAGAGAAAUCGCCAACAGCAACGAAAGGCGGAGGAUGCAGAGCAUAAAUAAUGGUUUCCAAUCUCUCAGGUCCUUGUUGCCGCAUCACGAGGGAGAAAAAUUAAGCAAGGCUGCAAUUCUGCAACAAACCGCCGAAUACAUCUACUCUCUUGAGCAGGAGAAAACGAGACUGUUGUCGCAGAACUGCCAGCUGAAAAGACUCGUUAGUCAACAUGAAAGCGGUGGCGGCGAAUUGCCACCGAAGAAGCGCAAGACUGAAAUUAUUUUACCCACAAUAACGGCCGAAUCCUCUGACGAAGGGCUCGGGUCCAUGUCCCCGGAGCCGGUGGGCCUUAUCACAGUCAACGUCACCUCCGAAUCUCCUGCGGAAUUACGAAGGCAGCUGGAGCGGGAACGGGGGCUUCGGAUGGUGCUUGAAGAGCAAGUGCGUCAAUUUGAAAGCCAAAUCUACCACCAGCAGCAAAAUACUCAACCCCAUACCAUCUACCAAGUGGAGGGUACGGAAGAGUUAGCCCUCCAGUUAGUGAGCGCUGAGUGUUUGCCGCCAGUGGGACACACGCAGACGGUGGUGUGUUCGCCCCCUGUCUCACGAAGCCCUAGUCCUGAACCGGAACAAAGGCUGCCUUCGGUGCUGGAGGCGGCGAUCAAGGCCGAGCCUAAGGUGGAGGUGGAGCGCCUGCCGUCGCCAAACCCGGGCCACGAGGACGCCGCCCCUCGCCUAUACGCCGCCAACACCUCGCGCCAGAACCUGGAGACCAUCGUCGAGGCGAUCCGGCACCUGGAGGGCGACCACAUGUUCGGCGACGAGCCGCUGUCGCAGGAGGUGCCGCUCGCGUUGACGAAGAACGAGCGGAUGAACACUCUGGUGGAGUUCAGCGCAGCGAUGGUCCAACAAAGCCAGCAGUCGCGGCCUGGGGUUAUUGUAGUCAAGCAGGCUUCGUGAUCCCGCAUCAUACAUUUCGCACGUUCGUAUUCCUGUAACGUGCCAACAAACAGCAUCCCGGAAGGGAAGUCGGGAUCUGUCUCCAACAAAAGCAAACAGUGUUAGGUCGGCCUGCUGCCGCUGCUGAAACGCCGCCGUUGUGUUCCUACAUCGUAAAAUGCGGACGGCGGAGGGAGAAUGGGACGGCGGCCGGCCAAGGUUUUUGAAAAUUCAGAUUUUUUAUAAUAUGACGGUUUUUUUACGAUUUUUUUUUGUUACUUAAAAAUAAAGUAAUGUUUCUUUUUAUUUGAAACGCCAAAAAUAUAUUUAUCAUAAAAUUAGAAAUUGUAGUGAAAUUGUGUUCCUUUUGUACAUAUAUUUUAACUUUAGGGAAGACGCCGUUAGGUCGGCGCUUAGACAUAGCUGUAUUGUAGCACUUCAGGUCCAGUCAUCAAACACUUGAAAAAAGGGGCGCUACUGACUAUUUUAAAACUAUUUAUCGACCUGUUCUAAAAUCAUCCAAUUAAUAAAUCAAUUUUUUCAUAAGAAAAUAUAGACAAAUUCUGAAACAAAAAAACAUUAUGAACUGAUUUCUGUGAUUAUUAAUUUUUGAUAUACAAUAGACUCGUAUGUGGUUUAAAGGCAUUGACAAUUUUAUUUUUUUAUGAGAUUAAUUUGAACGUUGUUUUAUCAUAGAAAAAAACACGUUACUCAAUACGAAUUGAUAGCCGAAAUUGUUACAUUACUCAAUUGGGGCAAAAACCAAGCUGGCGCCCCUUUUGCCUCUCGUGGUUGGGCUGCAUAGAGAAUUACGUUUCAUUUCAGUUCGUUUGUUGUUUUCUUUGUUCGAGAUUGUGUUUUUCCAAAUGUAUAUACUAAAAAAUUAGUAUACGUAUAAUGAAGUUUGAGAAUAUUAAUGAUUGUUUUUCGUUACAUUAGUAGGAUAAUUGAGUUCUGAUGCUGAUGAUCAGGGCACAUGCCGACACACAUUCAAAUAGUAAUAAUGUGGUGGCAAGAGAUCCCGUUUGUUGCCUCUCUGUGAACUGUACUUCUGUCAUACCUGCAUGAGUGUGUAUUUGGAGUGUGCUGAGUUUCUUUUUAUACUAAAAAAAUUUCGAGAAUAAAUUGGUUCCAAGCUUGACUCGGGACAGUACUGAAAUUCUGAGUAACUGCGAUAAAAUGAGUAAUAAAUUAGAUUAGGUAGGGUUUGGAAAUGUGACUUGUGUGGUGGCCGUUGUUUAUAUUUUUGCCGAAGUAGGAAAUUGUUGAAGGGGUUCUAGUGAAGGGAAGGUGACCACCCGCAAGGUCUUGUUGUUGGUUGGGAGUUGAGUGUCUGUCUACUUGCAUCAUCCAAUCGAACGGUUAGGAAAAUUUUGCACUCAGUCGUGGCUGUUCAGAGAAAGUUCCUCGAUUUUCCGUUCAUUUAUUUACGUUUACAUUUUUACGUUUAGCUUUCAGGGCAAGGCUUCUCUUUUUACCCCUAAGUAUUUACAGUUAUGCAAGACUGGGUGUAGACAUAGUAAUAAUUAUUAUAUAGAUGUACUUCUAAGUCUACUUUGUAACUAUUGGAUGGAUGUAAAGUAAGUCGAUAACUAAAUUAACGUUUCUUUGAUUGGUUCCCAUUAUUACUGUGAUUGUAUUUAUAUAAAAAUUGAUAACAUUAUAAUGCUAAUUUAGUAUAUGUACUAGCCACAGGCUAUUUUGCGGGCUUGUAUCUGUUGAAACUGUUGCUUUUCAUACAGCACUCCAUUAUUGUAUGUGUUAGCAGCAACUGAUUAUCACAAAUGAUGAUCAGUCGCUGAUUAUGUCUUUCGUUGAAGCUCCAAUGUUAUUGCAACAUACAUUUUAUUUUGAGUUUUUACACGUUUUCAAAACAAUUUUAUGUUGCAGUAACUUUGAUCGUUUCUGAUAAGGUCUGGUCCGACAAAAUAAUCACUGCACACAUUAACUUAUUAUGGUUAUGUGCUUCGAUCAUUAUGUUGUGUCGCUUGUAUAAAAACAAAAUAUUUCAAUAAAAUAUUAUAAAUUAUACCAAA